AUGCGUGGGGAGCGGUCAGCGAGUAAAACAUCGGAUGAGCCACCGACAGAGCACCAAUGUAGUGAUGCGUUGAUAGCAGCUCGCUUGGGACAUCCGAAUUGUCUUCUGCGGAUGUCCGCCGAACAGCUACUACAGAAGGAUCCGCUCGGCGAGACCGCCAUGCAUAAAGCUGCACGGGCGAAGGACUACGCAUUGGCUAAAUUAUUACUGGAAAAAGCUCCAAUUCUACGUGAGCUGACCUCGUUGUGCGGAGAAACACCGGCUCAUAUCGCUGUCGCUGUAGGAGAUGAUCAUAUCGUUGAGCUGUUGUUAUCUGGGAAGACUAAGGACACGCUUAAAGCAGCGCUGACCAGAGAUGUCAACGGUACUUCUGUGCUAAUAGCAAGUGUCGCUCAUGGAAACAAUAAAAUUGCUCUAUGGCUUCUUAAACGUUUCGGAAAAGAACUCGCCUCACUGCCGAAUGUUUGCAAAAUGACAGCGCUACACGUCGCUGCUGCACAAGCAAAUCUGGACUACAUCAAGAAUGCAAUUAAAUGCGAUCCGAAAUCGGUAGAUACCAGAGAUGUAUUUGGAUGUACACCCUGUGCUUACGCUGUGCAAGGAGGAAAUAUCUAUGCGUUACGGUAUCUUGUUGAGAAAGCUCACGCUGAAAUCAGCAGCGUCAGUUGUAGAGGUCAGUCCCUACUACACAUUGCCUCUCUUUGUGGUCACGAAAAUAUCGUACGAUGGAUCCUCAAUCGGAGCGGUAGCGACAUUAUCUUAUGGACAACAGUAGACAAAGCAAAUGCUGUGCAUUGUGCUGCAUACUGCGGUAGUGUUCCUGUGUUACGGCUUCUUCUUCGACCAUGGUCUCGAAAGAAGCGUAAAUUAGUCCUGGCAUUACAGGACUGUCGAGGAAACACUCCUCUUCAUUUGGCUGCAAUGAAUGGUCAUUCUAAUGCUGUAAUUUUUCUCCUUGAAUCGGAGGCGAAUCCUUUGGCUGUGAACGGAUGCGGAUACAGUCCUCAUGCAAUUGCCAACAUGCGAGGCAAUCCACAAAUGGCAGCGCUUAUCGCUGGUAUCACUAAUAAAAAUAAGCAAGCAGGCUCAUUGAGAGCACCAUUGGUGGUGGAAACGCAGUUUUUCCCAACGGAAAGGUGCUAUUCGGUACCUCUUUCACCGGUGGUGAGGAGGACUUUAUCUCCUAGAGAAUCAAGUUCCGGUUAUUCGUCGACAAUGGAGUUUGGUGUAGAACUACCAGACGAUGACACUGAAUUAAUACAGCGAAGGAUAGUGUUGGAAGAUGAGCAGGGCUCUCCCGGAAUUUACAUUCAACUCGGAGACGAUGGAGCACAAGUGAUUCACGGAAGGAGGAAAUAUACGGAGGACGGCACAAGUUUGUUAAGGGAUUGUGCGGUUCAAACAGAUAACGACAAUCUCGAGACCCAUAUAAAGAUCCUUGACGAUGAAACAUGGGCUGGAAUGGGUUUAUCGGCAGUAGAACACAUCGAUCGCGUGCUCGACGAGAUCGAUCUCAACUAA